AUGUAUGGAACUGUGACGAACCUGGUUCGUACUGGACCAGCUGCAGGAGGCAGGCGCCUCAGGCAAGACUGGGGGCCCCGCUCGUCGAGAGCCAAUCAGACAGUGCCCGGUGCCAAGAGGGCUCUUGGCACCAGGCAAACGGAAGGACGCCCAAUCAGAGGUGGCCCGGUGCCAAGAAGGGUCUUGGCACCAGGCAAAUGGCCCGGCACGCUAGAAGUGCCCGGCGCCAGGCAGCUCCUUCCUGCCGGGCAAGCCUUUCUGACAACACUUGGCUUCAUCCACAAGGAGCUCACGGAGCUCCAUGCCCCUGUCAACGAUACCUUCCACGUCAAUGCUAUUGUUGGAAAGUUGAAGAAGACUUGGCCGGAGAGAAAUUUGUUCUGGCUCGCCGGCCUGAAGUCGGGAAGAAUGACCUGGACCACUUUGAGCUCUGAGCUUGAAGAGAUAUCUGCAAGCGAGGCUACGGCUAAGUUUUCUAAAGUCAUGGUCACUAGCAACAACAACAAGAGUGGACCCGGGUACGAGAUCAAAUGCCCAAAGGAAGGUUGCACGUAUAUGAUGAGCAACUACCACCAGAGCCUGCAGACAUCAUGGGCCAAAGAAUGCAGAGCACUGCUGGCCCUGUGGCCCAGAAAAGGCACCAGGCUUCUGAAAAGGAAGAAGGCCAUCGAGAAAAGAAGAAGCGUGAGGGCGCAGGCACGUUGA